ACUCGGACCCCUAUAUGGGGCAGAUCGCGGCUCUCUAUCGCAUGCGGUGCGGAUUGUACGAGGCGCCUGGUGUGACCGGUCCGCCGUGCAGGGGAUGAGGGCCGGGGAGGACGCUGUAGUUGCCGGCAGCAGCCAACAGGUUGCAGCGUUCCCCGCUCGCUGGCUCAGCCUCUCGUCCCUCCUCUGCCUGCACGCAGAGCCCCCUCCGCCGGGCGGCCGCCCUCUCCCUCUCUCCUCCCUACAUGUCCGGGAUAGGCGGCUCCCAAGCCCGAGGGCGCCUCUGCUGUCUGCACCGAGCACAGGGGACGCUGUGAACGCCGCACCGAGGGGGCACCGUCCACCCGCAGGAGCCGCACAGAGAGCCAUGCCCGGAGCGUGAGGCCGGAAGCAGCGUCGGUACUCGAUGGAUCCCAAAGAUCUAUUAAAGCCACCCAAUGGAUCUCAGGCUGUGAAGAGCGCACAUUACAGCGAGAAGACCGGGAACGUGAUUGAUUUAUUUACAAACUACAGAGGCGGAGCCUGCGUGAACAUUUCUACUUCUUGUGCAACACCACCUGCAGCACUGCCAGACACAAGACAGCAGCAGCAGCAGCAACAACAACUGGACCCAGCAAAUGGUCUGGGCAAUGUGCCUCAGCCAGACCUGUCCAAGGCAGUCUCACUCUCAAUGGGACUCUAUAUGGGGGAGCCAGACACAAAAGUAAUGGGCAACGAACUUGGUUAUCCUCAGCAGGCUCCACUCGGAGUCCCAGCAACAGAAACGGAUUUUAGGCUUUUGGAAGAGAGCAUUGCCAGUCUUCAGACAAAGCCACCUGUACCCGAUAAAGUGCCAGAGGGCCUAGAAGACAAAGGUGGCGUCAAAGGUGAUUUGUCUACCCAAGCAAGCCCUUCUGUACAGGGUCAGGGGGGCAACAUUGGGAGCAGCGUUGCCAAGUUGUAUUCCAAAGACCAAAGCACCUUUGACCUUUUACAGGAUCUAGACCUGCCCCCAGAUUCACCCAGGGAUAAUAAGGGCAGUCCAUGGGCAUUGGACCCUAUCUUUGAAGACGACGCAGUUGGCUUGCUUUCUCCUAUGACCACUGAUGAUGAUUUUCUUUUAAGGUCCGGUGCAGUUAAUGAGGACUGCAAACCUCUCCUUCUGCAGGAUUGUACACCCAAAGCAGGGGAUCGGGUAGGGGACUUACUACAGCCCAGCUCUGGACUUCAUUUGUCUCAAGUCAAGACUGAAAAAGAAGACUUUAUAGAGCUGUGUACACCAGGGGUGGUAAAACAGGAAAAGUUUAGUCCAGUUUAUUGUGCUGGUCAUUUUUCUGGAUUUGGUAACAAGACAUCAGCAAUUUCUGUGCAUGGGGUCAGCACUUCAGGGGGGCAAAUGUACCACUAUGACUUGAACACUUCCCCCAUCUCUCAGAAACAGCCAGAUCAGAAGCCAAUUUUUACUUUGGGCACACAAAUGUCCGUCAUUUCAGAUGCUUGGAGUAGGUGCCAUGGGACUGGGGACGACAGUAUCCUGGGGAAUGUAAAUUAUCCAGGCAGGCCUGUCUUUUCAAAUGGCUACUCCAGCCCUGGAAUGAGAUCUGAUGUGAGCCCUUCUCCGUCCACUUCAUCUACCAGCACCGGGCCACCUCCAAAGCUCUGCUUGGUGUGUUCAGAUGAAGCAUCUGGGUGUCAUUAUGGCGUAUUGACCUGUGGCAGCUGCAAAGUAUUCUUCAAAAGAGCAGUAGAAGGUCAGCACAAUUACCUUUGCGCUGGAAGGAAUGAUUGUAUCAUCGACAAAAUCCGAAGAAAAAACUGCCCAGCCUGCCGCUAUCGCAAGUGUCUGCAAGCUGGAAUGAAUCUAGAAGCACGCAAAACAAAGAAGAAAAUAAAAGGAAUCCAGCAGUCUAAUGCAACAGCAGUAUGCGAACUUCCUGAAAGUUCAAUGAACAAGACCGUUGUUCCAGCGUCUGUAGCACAACUUACACCCACCCUGAUCUCUUUAUUGGAGGCUAUUGAGCCUGAGGUUUUGUAUUCAGGGUAUGACAGCAGCUUGCCUGAAACCGCAUGGAGACUCAUGUCAUCACUGAAUAUGCUAGGCGGCCGCCAAGUGGUAUCUGUUGUGAAGUGGGCAAAGGCUAUACCAGGAUUCAGAAAUCUGCACCUGGAUGACCAAAUGACCCUUCUUCAGUACUCCUGGAUGUUUCUUGUGGUUUUUGCCCUCGGAUGGAGGUCUUACAAACAGUCAGAUGGGACUGUGCUGUUUUUUGCACCAGAUCUUGUCAUCAAUGAGGAAAGGAUGCACUUACCCUACAUGCAAGAGCGAUUUCAAGACAUGUUCAAAAUCGUCAAGGAAAUGACUCGCCUUCAGGUCUCCUAUGAUGAAUAUCUGUGCAUGAAAACAUUGUUACUCAUGUGUACUAUUCCCAAGGAUGGCCUGAAAAGUCAUGCACUAUUCGAGGAAAUUCGGAUGACUUAUAUAAAAGAACUUGGAAAAGCCAUAGUAAAGAGGGAAGGAAAUUCCAGUCAAAACUGGCAACGAUUUUACCAACUGACAAAACUCAUGGAUACAAUGCAUGAGGUGGUUGAAAACCUUCUAGCGUUUUGCUUCUAUUCUUUCACGGACAAAUCGUUGAGUGUUGAAUUUCCAGAGAUGUUGUCUGAAAUAAUCAGCAAUCAAAUACCAAAAUAUUCGUCUGGAAACAUCAGAAAACUUUUAUUUCAUCAGAAGUGACUGCCUUACUAAAAUCCUAUAUAUAAAUAUAUAUAUAAAUAUAUAUAAAUACAUAAACAUAAAAAGUUGCCUUAAGGAAAGAAUAAGUCAAAUUAUAGCUUUUACUGUAUUAAAAAGAAAUCAGACAUGGUAAUUGUCCUUGCAACGGUGUACCUAUUGUGAUUAUGCACUACAGUUCAUGUGGUUUACAGAGGGCCAAGAUAUGAACUAUGGAAAAUUCCUCAUUUCACGCUCUGAAAUGAGACGAAGAAGAGCUCUUUAAACCAGAGGCUCCAUUCUAAACAGUCUGGUAGUAUCUGUACGUUGGAUGGAAAUUGUGCUACAUUUUUAUCAUUGUUUAAUUCUCCUGUCAGGUGUUUGGCUUUUUUUUCCUUUUUCCCAUGGGGAAAACUAAGAUUUUGAUUUCUGCAUGUAACCUGCUGAAAGUUUACAAGUGUAUAUCAGAAAAGGGAAGUUGUGCCUUUUAAGCUACUGUUUGGAUCUAGCAGUUUCUCAGUUUUUUCAGAUGAACUGACUCCUUUUUUUUUUCUUGAAUUUUCUUUUUUUCCUGUUAUUUCAGGAAUCCUGUUGUACAGAUUUGGUCCUUUUUUUGAGACUGGGACAGCUCACAGCUUUCCUAACACAAGUGAAUAUACUCUCUCACAGUCUGUCUUUCAUAACUACUCUCGCCAUGUUAGCUCUUUCAACUACUCACCCAAACCAAUUGCAGAGUUGUAUGGCCAAAUACAUUUAUUGAUCGGGUACCAUUGGUUUGUUUUUGCAAAUAAUGUACCAGUUGUUAGUACUCACCAGGACUGUCUCCUGCGUUCUGGUUCCUAAUCCCUACAAUACUGCAGGUUGUAGGUUUCUUGCUGUGGCAGGAACGGACUUGCAAGGUAGUGGUUCUUAAAUGUUGUUUUUGCUAGAAUAGUUACCAUCUUUCUUGUGCCAUAAUUACUCACAGAUGCAAUGGUAGAAGCUGCUGUAGCCGUUUCAGAGCUUGCCUAUGUGUAUGCUUUUAUUUGUAAGAAAAAAAGAAAAAAAAUGAAAAAAAAACAACAAAAAGGAUAUAAUAAAAAAAUCAAUUAAUAGCCAUUCACAAGAUUUUUUUUAAUCAGAUAAAUAUUUUUUACUUUAUCAGGGUCAGUACAAAGCCACUUUACAGCAGGGUCAUAAAUACAACAAGUUUAAUGUGGUAGAAGUAAUAAAAAAAAAAUAAAAAAAACAUUUGUCAAGCUACGUUACUGUGUAUAAAUUGUUAACUAACUUUAUAUUUAUACUUUUUACAGAUGUAUGCCAUAUUGGUAUAAUUUGAAAUGUAGACAGAAAAUGAAAGGGCUACUGCAGCUUGAAAUAACUCUUGUCUAUCUCUAAAAGCUUAAUCUAAUGUACAAAAAGAGUAGUGUGAAGCCUUUAGCAAGCCUCAAUGGGUUCAGGACAAGGAGCUCAGUUAACCAGCUAUUCUAAAAUUCCAGAUGGAAAGAGGCAUGACGGUAUUUCAGUAUGCAGGCGUAUGACAUUAACAAGCUUGAUAGUGCUGAUGUUUUAUUGUGUGAUUUUUGUUUCUCGAAAAAGAAAAAAAAACUGGAUAAGCACUUAGGUGAAUCAAGUCUUUUCUCUGCAUUUCUCUUUUGUACUUUUAAGUAUAUGUUAUAAUAUGCAGUAGAGUUCAGGCCUCAUUCUACUUGAGCCUAGAAUACAGGAUGAGUACAUGUCUCUACUGUCAUUCUUUAACAGCAUUGAGUGAAAAAUGUCAAAAUGUUUCCUCAAAUGUCAGUGAAAUUAUAAGAACUCCUUAGUUACUGCAUAAAUAAAUCCUCACAUUUUACAACUUUUUACAGUUUUAAUAAAUUGGAACUUUUCAUAUUUGUUUUUAGAAAUUUUUCAGGUUUUUACAGGAUUCAAGGACAAAUACGUCUGUAAAAAAAAAAACUAUUAGUAUUUUUGUCAAGGAAAAAAGUACAAGCGCAAUGAAGUUAUGUGCUAUGAAGCUUUAGGAAAGCAAGUCAGUGGAAUUUCUCAGGAUUUCUUUGGCGUAGUCCCACCCACUGCUCUACCUCCUAGGUCUGUAGUACAAAUCUGUCUUGUACUUCUAAAAGGAAGACCAUAUUCCUCAGUGAUUUGUGAAUCUUGUCCAUCAUUGCCCAGAAGACAGUAUUGAGAGCACUUAUGGCAGUGUUAAGGUGGAGAAUUAGGUAGAUAGGACACACACCAACCCUUCACUGUUCCAGGAUGCAGCCCUCUUAGUGAGCUCGGGCAUCUAGCAUGGCUUUCUUUUACUGUAAAGGUUUAUUUGUUUGUCUGUGUCUGGAGUGUUGAAUGUCACACAGAUAAUGUCGGCUGACUAUAGCGAUAGCAAUGUUUCCAAGACAGUUCUAGCUGUACUACCCCCUCAUCACCCAUGAUGUUUGUGGUGUAAACGGCCUCAUGUAAUGUGAUGUCCAUAUUCCUGUAGUGCAUAAUUUAGUUAUCAUAGUGUUGAAGUUGCAAGUUAAUUUCCUCUUUCUCCUUUAUUGUAUUUGUUCUGAAAUUUGCAAUGCCUUAAGAGUUUGGUGUCAGUUUUUCAGCGGUUUCCAGGGAAUAAGACUGUGCGGUCUCAAUCUAUUAUUGCAGCAUUGGCUGUUAAGGUGCAUUUAGAACCACGACAGAAGCGGCACGUGUGAAUGCAGCCUUAUUAUUUUAAGAGCUACGCUAUUACCUAAAACCUGUAGAUGUUGUGUAGUAACUUAUAACUACAGAACCUACCUAGCUAGCCAUUCCUUGCUUUGUAGAGGGCACUUAAUAAUACCAAAUCUUGCACGUAUGAUAUGUGCAUAGUUCAGGGUAACUGUGUAUGCCUAGAGUGCAUUUAUUGAUAAUGUUACAAGCCUAUUACUUUGCUGUAAUAUUUUAGAUAUCAUGUGAUUGGAUAAUUUACAAACCAAAUUUCCAUGUUGAAGAUUUUAAUAAACAGCGCAAUGUCUACCUAUAUAAAACACGUAUAUUUUCUCAUGCAUUCCUGCACUCCUCUGGUUCGUGAAAUAAAUUCAGUGAAGGCAGUGGACAGAGCAGAUGCCUGCAGCAAACAAUCGGAUCACCUCUCAUGUUCUAACCAGCACCAGAAAUACAGAAAGCUUGGUUGUUUGCUCUGGGCAGAACCUUCACUUUUUGGUCUGCAUUAGGUUUAUGUGGAGGCCCCAAUGACAUGCCACAUUAACCUCUACAUAGUCGGCGCAUUAACUACCUGGAAACCUGGGUUUUUCUAAUGUAGCCAAUGCAAACAAUUAUUAGACUGUCCCUCACCCCAUAGAAAAAAUGUAUCCAAAUAUUGCCUUGUUUUAAGCUUGAUACCAUUUUAGCACAUAGGAUUAUGUUCCAGUUCAUCUCACAGGGAUUGAAAAUAUAAACGCAUUUAAAGAGUAGGAUAUUUUUGUCUAACAGUAGAAGCUUGUGCUUAAUUGUAACUCCAGUCAUGGACAGACUCCGUCCAUGUUGGGCUGUCAAGGUGCUGAGAGAACUGUAUUGUUGUACAGUUUCCUUGACAAAUGUACAGUCCAUCAAAAAAAUGUAUCUCUAAAGAUUUGGCAGGAAUUAAAUUUAGGCAUUAUGCUUUAACAAAUAACGUGUGUGUGUAUAUAUAUAUAUAUAUAUAUAUAUAUAUAUAUAUAUAUAUAUAUAUAAAUGUAUUAGAUUUUUUAAUUAUUUUUAUUUUGCAUCUUCCCCUUAUAGACAGUGGAUGGCUGGAAGAUCUGUUUAUUGGGUACUCCGGUGAAAACCUUUUUUUAUUUUAAAUGAACUGGUUCCAAAAAGUUAAACAGAUUUGUAAAUGACUUCUAUUAAAAAAUCUUUAUCCUUCCAGUUCUUAUUAGCAGCUGUAUGCUACAGAGGAAAUUAUUUUCUUUUUGAUUUUUUUUUUUGUCUUGUCGACAGUGCUCUCUGCUGACAUCUCUGUCCGUGUCAGGUACUGUCCAGAGCAGCAUAGAUUUGCUAUGGGGAUUUUCUCCUGCUCUGGACAGUUCCUGAUACGGGCAUCAGGUGUCAGCAGAGAGCACUGUAGACAACACAAAAACUU